AUGCCAGUAUCCGAUCUACGAGCGCUUGUGAAGCAGGAGCGCCAUGCGUGGAUUACGUUGCAGAAUAUAGAGGAGUUCUUGGCAGCAUACGAUGAAGAACAUGAUAGAUGUGCAGUUCAGUUUCGCAUGAAGAAAUUAGACGAAGUGUACGAUAAAUAUUGUGAAGUGCGAGUGCAAAUCGAAGUCAUCACUGAUGAAAUAGACGUAGAAGACGCCGCUAAAGAUGAAACCGGAGAGGAUAGUACCAAACAGGUGGCCAUGGCUGAGGCUCGGAAGAGAGAGAACGAGGAAAUCUUCAAGGAGUUUGAGAACAAGUAUUUCCGGCUGAAACAGCAACUCUUUUCGAAGACGGCUGAAAACCCUAGAGAUGUCGUGGAGCGGCAAUCAGUAGUUGAAACUUGCCAGCCGUCAAGAAUGAAGUAUCCGGAGCUAAGACUUCCUACCUUUUCUGGGAAGCUGUCCGAAUGGAUAAAUUUUCGGGACAACUUUAAGUCGUUGAUCCACGAUAAUGGUCAAUUGAAUUUGAUAGACAAGUUCAAUUAUCUCCGAACGUCAUUGAAAGAUGAUGCGCUACUACACGUCAAUCAAAUUCAAGUCACAGCUGCGAACUAUGGACUAGCCUGGGCCACUCUGGAGUCCAAAUACGAAAACCACAAGCUUAUUGCACAGGAACACAUGAGAGCAAUUUUUUCGGCUGCUCCGAUGAAGAUGGAAAGUUUCCAGGGGUUGAAUCAUCUUCUAACGACAUUCCUAAUCAACCUUCAGCAACUGGAAAAGUUAGGAGAAAAUACCGGCAUCUGGGGCACUCUGCUAGCUUUCAUGCUUUCCCAGAAGCUGGAUGACGAUACAAUUCGCCACUGGGAAACGUGCCACAGCUCAAAGGACAUUCCUUCGUACAAGCCGAUGGUGGAGUUCCUGGAGAAGCACUGUGCCAUACUUCAGUCUACGUCAGCGCGAAGGAGCAGUGAUUUCAAGAAGCCUCUCAAGAGCCAAGUGGUUCACGCUGCAGUAUCAUCAAAUGGAGGUUGCCAAGUCUGCAACGGUGGAGCGCAUUCCAUUGAACAGUGUAGGCGCUUCGGGAAGAUGAAGGUUAUCGAUAGGAAGGUUAUUGUGCGAAAGUUUGGAUUGUGUUUGCAGUGUCUACGAUCUGGUCAUUUUGUUGCGGAUUGUUCGAGGCCAACGUGUGGCAAAUGCGGAGGCAGUCACCACUACAUGCUUCACCCAUACGUUGCUCCGGUGAAUCACGAGCAAAAUUCGAUUCCUCCCUCCUCCCAAGUCCCACCAAAAAGACCUCAAGCCGCGAACCCACCGCCACAGCAAUCCAAUCAGGCCCAAAACCGGAACACUUAUUACAACAACCCACAGUCUACACAAACACCAAGUACAUCUUCGCAAAGUGCACGUUUAUCAUCUCCCACCAAUACUCCUACUGUACACCACACUGCUACACCACCAGAAACACAUUACCACUCAAAUAUUGCGCUUCUGUCUACCGCUAUCGUGAAGCUCGGUGACCGCUAUGGAAACACCGUACUUGCACGCGCUUUGCUGGACAACGGAUCACAGAUCUGCAUUAUGUCUGAAUCCUUGUCUCAGAAGCUGAGAUUUCAACGUAUGCGAGAAAAUUUGCCUGUGAAGGGAGUGGGUGGUAGUUCAUCAAUCAGCAAGCAAGCAGUGUUAGCCUCGGUUUCUUCUUGUAACUCGUCGUACGUAUCGUCUGAGCUGAAGUUCUAUGUGCUGCCGAAAAUUACGUCGAACCUACCGCAGCAAAGUUUCGGUAUUUCGUCUUGGAGCAUACCAAAGGGUAUUUCACUUGCGGAUCCAAGUUUCAACGAAUCUGGUGUCGUUGACGUGAUUUUGGGAGCAGUCAUCUUCUACGAUCUUUUGUUGGAAGCACAACGGAAGCUUCAUGGUUCAAGAUUAAUUCUGCGAAAUACACAGCUCGGGUGGAUCGUUGCUGGAAGUGUUCCAGAAAAUUCUGUUGUCAGCUACAAUACGGUAGCUUCUACGCCAGUGACUACCGAAGAACUAUUCGAGGAGUUAACUAAAUUCUGGGAGCUGGAAUCAUGCCAUACUAAAAGCAGUUUGUCUGUAGAAGAGUCUGCAUGCGAAGCGAUAUUCGAGGAGACGACUACCAGAGCCUCAGAUGGGAAAUUUCGAGUGACACUUCCGAAAAGGAAGCACAUGCUGGGAAGGUUGGGAGAAUCAAAGGUCAUUGCGAAGAAACGAUUUCUUUCAAUGGAGAAAAGGCUGAAUGCCAACACCGAAAUGAAGGCCUUGUAUACAGCAUUCAUGCAUGAGUACCUGUACAUGGGUCACAUGAAGGAGAUAACAGGAGAAGAUGGAGAUUCAGGCCCAGAGUAUUACAUCCCGCAUCAUGCAGUGUUAAAACCAGACAACACGACGACAAAAUUGAGAGUGGUCUUCGAUGCAUCGUGCUCUAGGGAUUCCAGUGUUGCUUUGAAUGACAUCUUGAUGGUGGGACCAGUCGUUCAAGACGACCUCCGAAGCAUUCUGCUACGUUUCCGGUUGUACAAUGACGCAAUUGUAGGAGACGCAGAAAAAAUGUACCGGAUGGUAUGGUUGCACGAGCAGGAUCAGCAGCUUCACAAGAUAUUUUGGAGAGACGAAGUUGACGAGCCUUUACGAACUUACAAGCUUACCACUGUAACGUACGGUACAGCAUCAGCACCAUAUCUUGCAACUCGGUGCUUGAACAAGUGUGCUGAAGAGGGCAGGGAUCACUAUCCGGUAGGCUCAAAGGUGGUCAAAAAGAGCUUUUAUGUCGACGACAUGUUGGCAGGUUCGCACACGGUCGAAGAUGGCGUCCAGCUUUGUAAGGAAGUUCUGGAACUCCUGAAGGGAUCCGGGUUCAAUCUGAGAAAGUGGAACUCCAAUAGCCCACAAGUAUUAAAAUCGAUUCCUUCUAAUCUGAGAGAUGACCGUCAAAUACUAGACUUGGAUGAGAAGGCAACUGUGAAGACGCUGGGCCUUACGUGGGAGCCAGCUACCGACACCCUGUGGAUCAAAGUUCCAGAUUGGAGGCCAGGUGGGCCAAUCACUCACCGUGUUGUGCUUUCUGAGAUUGCACGUCUGUUUGAUCCCUAUGGACUAGUUGGUCCGGUGGUCGUUCUAGGAAAACUUUUUCUCCAAGAAUUGUGGAAGGCCAAGUACUCCUGGGAUGAGCCGCUAAGCCAAGAACUGCAGACACAAUGGUUGGUUGGCCAAUCUAUGCGAGUUGGAUACAGUCUCAGUUCCACGGUGGAUCGGUUUCGGAAGAGACAUUAUUUCGUGCGAGUUCCACGGAUUCAGCGACGCAAGCGAUAA